AUGUUUUGUAUUCAUGGUGGAAUUCCUAAAUUAGAAGGAAAUUUGGAGGUGCUAGAGAAGAUUCAUUGUCCUCUACCAAACCCUGAGUAUCAAAACAACCUGGCCUGGCAGAUGAUGUGGAAUGAUCCAGUUAAGACUAAGGAGAUGACUGAUGGCGUACAAAUGGAGCUCAAAAAUUUUGGAGGCUUUGCUUACAAUGAGAAGAGGAAAACUGCAAAUGUGUUUAAUGAAGUUGCCUUCAAGAACUUCCUCGAAAAACAUGGCCUUACCCAUGUAGUCAGGGCACACGAAGUCAAGCAGGCUGGCUUUGAGAUUCAAGAGGGAGGACAACUGCUGACAGUGUUUUCAUCUUCACAUUACUGUGGGGGCAGUAAUGAAGCAGCUUGUAUACUCGUCAACAAAUGUCGAAUUAGAAUUAUAAGAGUUGACACUUCUUGAAAUUGCUUGAUUUGAGGACAGUAAAGGCUCUAUCAUCCAGGAUACUUAGUGACAUAAUUUUUGUUAUAUCUGUCAAUAAGAAUGCCUUAUUUAUAUGCAGCAUAGUGCUUCAGUGUAUAAAUUCCAAAUGUAUUGUGUAUGCAUGUCUCAGUGAUGAUGUAGCUAUAAUUGCAAACAAAGUUAGAUCUAAAAUUUGUAGCCUAUGUCUAAUGCAAAAUCCAUGAUGCUUAUAUUCAAAAUGAUCAUCAUAUUGUAAGAAUUCCAGCAAUGUAAAUAAUA